UAACACAUAUGGCUCCCCUUAUCCCACCAACUGACCGUCAACAGCUGGCCAAGCUAGCACGACGGGCUCUAAUAACAGCGGGUCCAGCACUCGCUCAACCGCAUCUCCAGAAACGCGGACUGUCUGUAAACCACACCCAAGGAGUGACCCUCGGAAUCAUCGGCGCUUAUGUAGUAAUCAUCGCUCUACUAUGGAAUCUGCCCUACGUUAAAUGGGUUCUCUGGCCGUUCAAGAUGUUAGUCAUUGCUUUCCAUGAAUUUGGACAUGCCAUCACUGCGUGCUGCACGGGUGGCAAAGUAGAGUCGAUUUCCUUGGAUCCGCACGAGGGAGGUGUGACGCACAUGCGAGGCGGCAAACAGGCCUUUACGCUUCCGGCUGGUUAUCUUGGAUCGAGUCUGAUUGGCGCCCUGCUCACUUUCUGUGGUUUCAACAUUGUGGCGAGCAAAGUUGCCAGUAUCGUCCUCGGAGUCUGCUUCUUGCUUACGCUUUGGUGGGCGCGGAAGGAUUGGUUGACGAUCAUCACUAUAUUGCUCGCCGUGGGAUUGUUGGUUGCUUGCUGGUUCAUCAAGCAUGCAGAACCGCUACGUUUUGUCGUCCUCUUCAUCGGCGUCAUGUCAUCCCUUUACAGCGUUUGGGAUAUUUGUGAUGAUUUAAUUUUGCGCAAAGUAAACUCAUCGGACGCCUACGUAUUUGCGAAACGUUAUGGAGGCUCCUCUCAAUGCUGGGGCGUUAUUUGGUCGCUGAUCAGUUUGUUCUUCAUGGUGUGCGGUAUCCUAGGCGGGCUCGCAGCCUUCAAACAGACAACCCAGCAACAAAUCGAUGAUUCAAAGGACUUCAUCCCCACAGUCCGAAUGUUGUUCCGGAUCUAA